AUGACUAAUUUGCAUUCGCCAUCUUUUGGUGUUUCGGUAUUAGACAACCCUAAGCCUUGUCUGUUUGUGACCUGCUUUGUUGCCUUGGCUACCUUCGGUAACCUAUGAACCAAUUCUGGCUGUUAGCCACAGUGUCCUUAACCCUGACUAGUUCUCAAGGCUGAACAGUGAGUUGACACAUAUGGGGAAAGAGCUUCCAGAUCAGACAGCUGUGUUCCCACACAGAUCUAAGCUGUGACAUUUAUUUUAUCUUGAAACUGGGCACUCCCAGUUCUGGUGACUGUCUUGCCUCUGGCCAUGGAAUCAGCCAUAAACCAGUCUUAAGACUUGAGUUUUACUGCUGAAGGUAGGUAGGUUUUGAUUCAUGAGAUACCUAAAAGGGGUCCAUAUAUGAAGUUGUUUAGAGUUCCUUGGAGGCAGAGCAGUGUACUAACAAAAUAAAAACACAAUUUCAUGAGGACAAAGUAGGAUGCAUAUGAUGCUCAGUGUCUUCUGAGAUUUGGUCUAGUCUGAAUAUCCUACACAAGGGAAGAUGUUUAGCAGCAGCUUCAUAUGUACUGUACUUUGGGUGAACUUGUUCUGCUAUUUUGAUGCCAGAGAUGUUCCUUGGGUGUCUUCCAGUGUGGUGAAAUGCUCUGAGUGUUGCUGACAAGACAUUUAUGUACAGUGGUCAAGGAGUUUUUCCCUUCUCCUUACCCCUCUUGGCAAAAGAAUGUUUCUCUGAGCUGUGAUUGAAAACAUCGGCUGAUUCUCAUACUACAUUUUAAAAUGUAUGCUUAAAAUAAUUUAAGCGUACAGCUGAAAAUACUCCUGCUCCUUUAAACCAAUUAAAUAGGUUUCUAAAAUGUCUCAAGAUAUUCAGUUUGCUUGUUUUAGAAUGAAGAACUGCUACAUAUAUUAUGUUCUACUCAUUUUUCUUCUUCCCCCCUCAGUUACUUCCAUUAGGUGGUGCAAGAUACAAAUACUAUUUUUCUUUUCUUUUUACUACAGGCUUCUCCAGGGCUUUGACAAGAACAUUAAUCCUAUAUUCUUUUGUAGUUGGUUCAUGCAUCCUUGCAUAUCCCUGUGCUUGUUUCAGAUACAAAAAUCAAAAUAGAAUUUUCAGGAUUUUGUCAUAGGUACAUUACAAGAGUAUUGCAUAAAUCCUUAAAGCAUUCUUAAAUCUCUGCAUUUUUGUUUACCUCGUGUUUACACUCAUUAGGGGAUGUGUCUGAGCCCACAUGUGUGUCCAGCAUUCAUGUGUAUUCGUAAACACGCUAUCAGGCUUGUGAUAUUUUGCUAGAGUUACGAUGUGUGUUCAUUACGAAUAUGUCUUUACCCUUAACCUUAUGUCCGCAAGAAGUUCUCAGACAAAAGGUUUAUUACAUGAAAUGUGACAGAAUAUAAAAAUUCUGCUUCAGACAGCAAAAUUACAAAUUUAAUCAGGCAGCAAAUCCUACAGUACAUAUGCAUCUAGAUCUAAAAAGUGAAAUAAAUCCCUAACUAUUCUCAAAAGCCUACAGAAAGUGAGCAAGGCAAUUUUGCCACAGAACCCACACUAAUAGCAAUGCAAGAAAUGGAAGCAGAAAGGUUUACUUGUCCUGAAGUGAAGCAUGGUGUCAAAUUGGUCCUUGAGAGCAUAGAGUGAAAAGGGGUCCAUGCUGGAGCUUUGAGAACUAACCAACCAUUGAAAAUCCAUGGUUUGUCCUGUUUUGAGCCACUACAUUCCAAUGAAGAGAGGUGGAUGAGCAGUUCUUAUAUUUCCAAUAUUUCUAUUGUUCUAUUGUCUCUUCCUAGAAUUUCCUGCCUAUUUCCCAUUUUGUUUACUCUGCUUAAUUGGACACUGACAGAACAUAACCCUAAUGAGCAAUGACUAAACUAGUUAUCCUUGUUUCCUGUUUUAAAGUUAUCUUACUAUUUGUCUGUGUGGCAACCGUUCUUUCAAAGGUGUUGAUUAGAUUCUACUGGCAAUUACAUGUGCUGAUCUUUACACAAAGCAUCACAAGUGCAGGAUAUCUCCCGAUGCCUUCCAGGACACAUUUGACAUAAGACUGGUACCAGGGUCAAGAAAAGUUCAUAAUGGGGAUCUCUUUUCAUGUUAAGUUAGGCCAGCUCAUGCCAUGAUCUACAGUAAUAAACCACAGAAAAAGUUCAGAUUGGCACAUUGCCCCUGAGAUAGAAAACCAUGAGCCAUGGCCAUCCCUCACUGUAGUCCAUCAACAGCUGAUAUCCAGAGGGAUUGUGCCUGAGUACACACACUGUUAAGUUGUGGGUGAACAUAUCAGACGACACAGUGAUUCUUCAAACAGCUCUUGUUUAUUCACAGGCCAGAACAGAACUGAACUGAAGGGUUCAGCCAGCCUGCUUAUAUAGAGCUCCACUACAACGCAACAGUAACAACUUUCUGUAACUAUCCAAUCACUGAACGUCACUUUCAAUUCCUUAUUUGCAUAUGUGGACCUGAGUGAAAACUAUCUACAGUAUUCCCCCUGCUGGCCCAGGGUGAGAACUACAGUACAUAACACACACAGCACACUCAUCAGGGCCAGCCCAUCUAUGAGUCAAGGCAAAGCGACUGCCUCAGGCAGCAGGAUCCACAUGGGCAGCAAAGCCCGAUGUAGAUCUUUAUUCCCCCUUUGUUCCUGAUAUAGAUUUUCACUCAACCCUUCUUCCUUAGUGGGAAGGGGAGCACCAUUUUGUGGUUCGCCUCAGGUGCCAAAAUGUCUUGGGCCAGCCCUGACAUCUAUCCCUCCUUAGGCAGAGAUUUUGCAGUGCUUUUCAGGCCCUUGGGGAGGUGUCAGGAGUGGGCGCAGGAAGUAAACACAUCCCCUCCCCUCUCCUCUCUCAAGGCCCGAGGGCUCAGGUUUAGGAGCUAAAUGCCAGCCACAGAUUAUGUAUUUUAUUGCUGUCUGUGCAUGUACGCACUGCACUGUGGGAAAGGGAAAUGGUUUCCUUUUACCUGUCCUUCCUCCUGCAACAACCCUAUAGUUGGUCUUUUGUUUUUGUAACUUCACACCACAGAAACCCCACCCUGUAUUCCAACAUAAAAUUGUUUGGGGAGGUGUUGAUGCGUCUCCAGCUGCACUGCGACUUGGGCUGGCAUAGAAUCACAUUUUCUCCUCCGCUCCCAUUUUCUUCUCUUUUUCUGUGCUAUUGCAGGAAAUCUUAACAAGCAACUCCAACUUGAAACAGUGCCAGAGCUUGGCUUCCCCCAAGGCUAGGUUCACUUGUUACAACAAAAUGUUAGUUUUGCCUAUUUGCCAGCUCACACAAGCUGCCUGGACUUUGUUCCCAUUAGUAAUUUAACCUGUGUACUGAGAGCUCAUAAAAUAAUAUUGCUGCAACAACUCCUAGAGUAAGAUAUACCUUUGCCAGAUCUCUGACAUUGUGUCAGUUUAUAGUUCACAUGUUUAGGAGGCAACCCAGACAAUGCCACCCAGCCAUUCCUGCAGAAAGUGCCAGACCUAUUCACCCAAGGUCAGCAGGGAGAGGACCAGAAGGAUGAGUAUGGGGCUGAGGAACUCAUCCAGCUGAGCGCCUAAGGACCACGUCCUAUUCAGACCCACCCUCAUGUGAUGGUGGGGUUGGGGUUGUGUGGAAGCAGUAUGUUUCUGGCAGAAUGCAUACCCUACAUUGUUGUUUUGGGGAGGUGUUGACACUGUUGUGGGCAGUGGAGGCAACCAUGUAGUGUGUCCAGGGCACUUUUGAUGGAGACAUGGUUUCUGUCCUUGGCCAGUCUACCAGAUCGUCCACCAGAUCUGCCACAACAUGGUUGCAGUGCCAGCAAGGAUCCAGGAGCUGACCCUGUCCUCCGCAACUUGA